UUGGGAUAGAAUAUCUACUGUAAUCCUUAAUUUAAUGUUUUAUAUUGAAUGAAGAUUUCUCACAGUUUCAAAGCAGCAAAUAUUUCAUUGAGUUCAGUAUACAGUGACCAAAUAAUAAUCAAUGAUCUGUGUGAUUUGAGCAAGGGUAUAGCUGCUGUUUAAAAGAUGUACAAUCUCAUUGGUGAUAAAAUCUCUGAGUUGAGAGGGCAUAUCGACAGAUUUGAUGAUAAAGAGGGCUGGAAAAUUCUGUUUUCGCAAGCUUUACGUCCGCCACAACAUCAGAAAUCUACAAGUAUUCUCCUCAGAUAUUCUUCAAAUAUCACGCGACGCAAUUACUCUCCCAAUCUCCCGGCCGAUUUCCCUAGUUCUUCGACGUCAUCCUCGGCGCUGUCCUCCAUCAACCCCGAACACCCGGCCAGAAGGAGAUAUACGCCGUAAGCGUGGGCACGGCGACCAGCCGAUUUUUUAACCAACACAAAUACCUUCAAUACACAAAACUCCUACGGGUUUGCCGGAACUCUUUCGUAUAAUGACAAUCAAAUGCUACCUCGUACUCUCACACCUGAUUUCGCGCCGCCAUGCGUCGUGCCAGAAGAUCUCACACUGAGUCAAGCACAGCUCGGCUCGGGCAUCGCAAGUCACAUUCCGAAGAUCGCGGCUUCGCUGGACGUAUCAAGCAGGCGAUUACAAAUCCGGGUUCUGUAAAGAUCAAUGUUAAGGGUGCUUUCAUCGUCGAAGAUGAGGAAGAAUCGCCAUCUCCUCCUAAUGGCACGCCAAUGGAUGGUGUUCACUAUGAACGCAAAGAUAUCCGUCUGCCUCACCACACUGCCGUUGUGAGCCAUGUUGCCGUCGAUAUCGGAGGUUCCCUAGCAAAACUAGUUUAUUUCUCCAAGGAAAUCGGGUCGCCGGAUAACGGAGGACGCUUGAAUUUUAUGAAUUUCGAGACCGAUCGGAUCGAUCUAUGUAUUGAGUUCAUAAAGGAGUUGAAAGAACGCCAUGAAAGAAACUAUGUCACUUCCCCCGGCGAGCUCUGCGUCAUGGCCACCGGCGGUGGCGCUUUCAAGUAUUACGACCGCAUGAAGGAAGCUUUGGGGAUUAAUGUGCUUCGUGAGGAUGAAAUGGAAUGUCUGAUUAUUGGGCUGGAUUGGUUCAUAACUCAGAUCCCGAACGAGGUAUUCACGUACAGCGAGGCCCUUCCAACGGAGUUUGUGGAACCUCGACCGGAUGUCUAUCCGUAUUUGCUUGUAAAUAUUGGCUCUGGGGUGUCAAUGGUCAAAGUUUCUGGACCAAGACAGUUCCAGCGUGUGGGAGGAACUUCUCUGGGAGGUGGCACGUUUUGGGGCAUAAUGUCCCUGCUAACUGGAUCGCAGACUUUUGAUGACAUGCUGGCCAUGGCAGAUAAAGGCGACAAUAGUGGUGUUGACUUGCUCGUUGGAGAUAUCUACGGCACCGAUUACGGAAAGAUUGGAUUGAAGGCUACCACUAUUGCUAGCACUUUUGGGAAGGUCUUCAAGAUGAAGAGACUGGCCGAGCGGCAUGCUGCGGCUGGAGGGGUUACUUUACAAACUGAAAGUGACUCGGAUACAGACCCUUCCCAGUUCAGCCAUGAGGAUAUGAGUCGAAGCUUGUUGUACGCUAUCAGUAACAACAUCGGCCAAAUCGCGUACCUCCAAUCCGAAAAGCACAAGAUAAAACAUAUUUACUUUGGCGGAUCCUUUAUCCGGGGCCACCGCCAGACGAUGAACACGCUCUCCUAUGCCAUUAGAUUUUGGUCAAGUGGAGAGAAACAGGCAUAUUUCUUGCGGCAUGAAGGGUACCUUGGUGCUGUUGGCGCAUUCCUUAAGAGGAAGCCCGAAACCUGGGGGCGCAGGAAAAGCCUGGAAGACGCAGUUGCUUCUGACUACGCUGGUUGCCGGGAGAAUCUGCGUAGGUGUGCUACGAAUGAAGAACGGCGGUUUGGAGAGACAUAAAAUCGGCAGCCACAAAUCUCUCCUCACAAUGAUUUGAUUACUACUACUAUGCUUCCCCUUACACUUGAUGCCUCUACGUUACUUCUUUCUCAACAAUAUCUGCCCUGGGUCUUGCGACUCAACAGCUUCUGGUAUCCUCCUAUACUAUCCCCCCCCUUGGAGACCAAACUACUCCAAUGCUAUGCCGCUUUGCUAGAACACUUUAUUGUUAUGUGGUUGGAUCGCGCAAUGUCCCUUACACACAUAUUUUUGGUGUUCUGCAUUGUCCUGAGGUUCUGUCUUUAUUUUUUCCUUGGAGAACAAGAAGCAUUCUCAUAGACGAUAUGCAUGUAAAUGCCUAUUUCCGUAGAUUCAUGGACUACCAUUGGAUAUAAUGAAUUGCAUUGGUUGGACGAUUCAAUCUC